AUGAAAGUAAUUACUGUGUUAUGUUUAAUGUUUGUUGCUGUUGCUUAUUCGGCGCCAACAUUUGAUUCAUCAUUGGACGCACCAUGGCAAUUGUUCAAACGUCUUUAUGCCAAGGAGUAUUCAGUUGCAGAGGAACAACAUCGACGUGAAAUUUGGGAAACAAAUGUUGCCAAAAUUCGAACUCACAAUUUGGAAGCUGAUCUCGGUCUUCAUACAUACACAAUGAAAAUGAACAAAUAUGGUGAUUUAGCACACGAAGAAUUUGUUAAACAAAUGAAUGGUUUAAAACCAACUCGUCUUCCAGUUGGUAGUGAAGUUGACCAUCAUACAUUUCUUCCACUAUCGAACAUCGAAAUUCCAGCAGCGGUUGACUGGCGUAAACAAGGUUACGUCACAGAGGUUAAGGAUCAAGGCCAAUGUGGUAAGUAG